GUCCGGACGGCUCGAGCGGCUCUUUGACAAGAAAGAAAGAAAGAAAGAAAGAAAGGAAAGGUGGGAAAGCCGGGCCACAAAACUUGCAGCGGGGGGAAGAAGCAAAAAAAAAAAAAAAAAAGCAAACCUGCCGCCGCUUUCUUGAGAGCUCCGGUGCUUUGGGGCUUCUCCCGCUUUUGGCCUCCCUGGAAAGGGAACCCGGGGCCAGAAGAGAGCCGAGAAGCCGAGAUCCUUUUCUCCAUGCAAGCAGGCAGAGGGCGUCAGAGGAGCCGGCCCAGAACAGAAGCGAGGCCCGGCCGAAGUGGGCGGCUCCCCCUUUCCUAAGCCGCGCGCGGAAGAGCCUUUCUCGCUCCCCUUCCCCGACGGCCGGAGAAGAGAGCCCACACGCUGCCCCGUAGAAAAGGCGGCGAGGCCGGAGGAGGAGGAGGAGGAGCCCCCGGGCGCGGCGGGGAAGAGAGCGCUUCGGUCUCCCUGCUGGCGCACCCCAACAGGGCGGGGUUGGCGACCCUGGCCAUGGCGGCGAUCCGCAAGAAGCUGGUGGUGGUCGGCGACGGGGCGUGCGGGAAGACGUGCCUGCUGAUCGUCUUCAGCAAAGACGAGUUCCCCGAAGUCUACGUGCCCACCGUCUUCGAGAACUACGUGGCCGACAUCGAGGUGGACGGCAAGCAGGUGGAGUUGGCCCUUUGGGACACGGCCGGCCAAGAAGACUACGACCGCUUGCGUCCGCUCUCCUACCCGGACACGGACGUCAUCCUCAUGUGCUUCUCGGUGGACAGCCCGGACUCCUUGGAGAACAUCCCGGAGAAGUGGGUGCCCGAGGUGAAGCACUUCUGCCCCAACGUGCCCAUCAUCCUGGUGGCCAACAAGAAAGAUUUGCGCAACGACGAGCACGUGCGCAACGAGCUGGCCCGCAUGAAGCAGGAGCCCGUCCGCACCGAAGACGGCCGGGCUAUGGCCAUCCGCAUCCAGGCCUACGAUUACCUCGAGUGCUCGGCCAAAACCAAGGAAGGCGUGCGGGAGGUUUUCGAGACGGCCACCAGAGCGGCUUUGCAGAAGCGCUACGGCACCCAGAACGGUUGCAUCAAUUGCUGCAAGGUGCUAUAAUGCCCUGGACGCCCGGAGGGAGGGAGGGGAGGGAGAGGGAGGGGGAGAGAGAGAGAGACAAACGGGCAGGCGUCGAGGGACUCGGGGCUGACUCCUAAAGCCCGUCGGUGGGAGCCCCCGCGCGCAGGGCACCCGGGGAGAGGGGUGGGCGAGAGAGCAAAGCAAAGCAAAGCGCGCACCCGCUUGGACCGUGGGGGAAGCGCUCAUUUUCCACCAAAGGACCCCCCCUCCGCCGGUUGAUGCAAACGCCCGUUCAGUGAUCUUGGCUCUCUUCAGCCUGUGCUUCCUCACUUGGCGCGAAGGACACUCGUGGACACUCGCCUUUCCUGGCUUGGAGGAAAGGAACCGGGCUUGCCUAUGCCGCGCCUAAGGUCGCUCUCCCGUGAGAACAAAAAAAACUCUGCAGGGAGGAGAUCAGAAGGCUGGAGCUGCGCCGCUCCCGCCUGGCUUCUUCCCUUGGAAAGGAGGCGCUGGUGGACGGGAUCUGCCUAGUUCGCGAUCCUCUCCCCCACCCACCCUCCCUUUGCACUGAAUCGGUGUUUACCUUCAAGCUGGGAAGAGAAGUACCUGCAUUGAGAAACGCUAAGAGGGAGGGAGGGAGGGAAGGGACCAUCUGUUGGGUGUACAUAGCCAAUUGUUUGAUUUGGGGGGGCAAGGAAAGGAUGGGGCUUCUUUAACACUGGACUGGGACCUUGCUCUCUUUGAGAAUGAUUCUAGGGUUUUUUUUGGGGGGGGGGGCAGGGGCGGGAGGGGUUUGAGUGGUUUGGGCUUGCUUCUUCCUAGCCCCCUCCACAAUGAAAAGUCCCCCUCCCCCAGUUCUUGAGACAGCCACUUGUCACAGAAGAAUGGUAUAAUUGGUGUUCCCCUUGGGUUGCAGGAGUGGGUGGGGGCGGGUGGAGAGAAUCCCCAAACUUCCCAGAGUCUGGUGCCUCCUAUCCUUGAUAUGGUUUGGAUGACCUCCUUUCUGCCUUUAGCCCCUCCACCCCACCCCCCCUCAAUCUGAUUUCUAUUGCAAAAGAACCUAUUUUGCACAAUGAUGAGGGUGUUUAUUUGGACACCUUAAAUGCACUUGUGAUGUGCAGUGUGACACUGUACCAUUACAAAAA